CUCGCCACAAAAUGGGGAUCUGGGAGGUCUCUCCUUGGGCCCUCUUGAGACUUUACCUGUGGAACUUUAUUUUUUAAUCCAUAAAUAUAUUUUCAUGUGUAGGAAAGAAAGAUAACCCCUACCAAAGAAGGGGAAAAUAUAUAUCUAUAUAUCUAUAACUUUCUAAAAAGUGACUAUUUCUGGGCUUGUUUGAGUCCACCUCGUCUGAACGGCCAGAUCCUGUUCGUGGAGGACCUGCGUGACUUGCUUCUCUGUCACUGCUUACUCAGAAUCCCCCCCAUGAAGUCUGUGUAACCGAAUCUUGGGAACUGGGAAGAGACUGCUGGUGGUGUUCACACCAGUGGUUCCUAAAGUUGCAAGAAGAUUAUAGGGGUGGGGAAUACUUUCCUUGGGAGUCACAUACUCAGCCUGAAGAAUUGCCAAGAUGACCAAGACUCUGGCCAUUAAGAAGACACACAGUGUCUCCAACACAGGGACCCUCAUGGCCUUUCACAGCUCAGACCAUCUCUUGCAGCAGGUCGUGGAAGUGCCUAUGAGGAGCAUCAAGUAUAUGGACAAGGAGAUAGUAAAUCUCAAAAAGGAUCUGAGAAGAAGCCGCCACUUGAUCAACUCUGUGAAGAUAGGCCGCAGCUAUUUUAACAUCCUGAGAGAGGAGAGUGCAUUAAAAAAGAAGCAACAACAACUUCAGAAACUGAAAGAAGAAGAAAUGCAUAAGUUCCAACCAGCCCAACAGCUGUCUGACACACACUACGGAGAACUUCUCUUGAGUACAUACGACCAGGAGAAGAACAAGAAGUUGGAGGGUGGCAUUCAGCUUCGCCCGUUCACCCCCCUGCACAGCUGUAUCUUCGCCCCCUUGCUGCCUGAGGCCCACGUGGAACCCCUCUUCCGCCAGCUCUGCGCCCUCCACUGGCUCCUGGAGGCCCUGACUAUCGACCACACCCACCACACCAUGAAGCCUGUCAUCACCUGCUGGAACCCAAAGGACCCGGGUGGAAGCAAGAACACGAUCAAGAAGAUCAAUAAGGACAAGUCCAUGGGACAGAGGUGGGAGCACUUCAUCACAACGCCCAAGUUUAAGAAAUUCAAAGUCCCUAUGCUUCGUGGCACCACCAACCGCAAGCCAAGCCGCCGCGGCUCCACACUCAGUCUGUCUCGCACCAGUGGGGGGUCCUCCCCUCAGAGCAGCAUGAUGUCCAUGAACCCCAGUUCCGAUGAGCCCCCCCCGAGUGUGAUCAACCAGGCCACGGGCAGCAAGGACAUUGAGGACAAUGAAUCAUCUUCCACCAAGCCUGACGAAGAACCUCUUCACUUGAAUCUGCAGAAGCUUCUGGAGAUGGUUCGAGAAGAUUCCCGGAGAGCAAUCAUGAUGGAAAAUGAACAGAGAAAAGCACCCAGUCUCCUGUCAAUGGCCAGGCAGACCAAGAGCGACUCUGCCUAUAAAGAUGUGCAGACCACACUGAAGUCAAGUGACAAAACCAGCAGCACAAGUGGAGACAGCUACCCCCAGAUGGUCCAGAGGAAGACUAAAAGCCGUGUCAACCGUGACUUCAUCCAGUACAAGACCGGGGUGUGCAGCAUCAUGAGGGCCAAGUUUUACAGCGUGGCCCAGGAAGCCGGCUACUGUCUGCAGGACAAGAUGGAAAUCCUCAUGAAGCGUCAAGAAGAGCGAGGUCUCCAGAAGUUCUGUUCCUUCGUCAUCGCCUCAAAUUUCCAAAAGGACAUUGCCAAAAUGAGACGCCAAGUCCCCAUGUUAAAAGGCGAUGCUCAAGAAAUCGCAGACCACUGGUACUUCGACUUGCUCUCCAAACUCCCUGAGGACCUGAAGAAUUUCCUCCCUGCCAAGAAGAUCCUGGUGAAACUGCAGAAGUUUGGAGAAAACCUAGACCUGAGAAUCCGGCCCCACGUCCUCCUGAAGGUGCUGCAGGACCUGAGAAUCUGGGAGCUCUGUUCCCCGGACAUUGCAGUGGCCAUCGAGUUUGUACGUGAACACAUCAUCAACAUGCCGCAGGAGGACUACAACAACUGGCUGCAGAACAGGAUCAACCUCCCCAUCCGCCCCUACAGUGCCAACACAUAGUCUGGACCUGGGUCGACCAGCAGUCCCGGGGAGAAGGGCCAGUCUACACUGUGUGCCCGCCUCCUAUCUGUGCUUCCUCUUCCUGCCUCCUCGCUCAGCUCAGACACUCAGUGUGGUAUCAUCAGAGACUGACUUCUGCCAGUUUGCUACAGGAAGAAGCCCCUUUUCAACCUCAUGCCCUAGGCUCAAGCUUCAAGUCUCUGCUCCUCACUGGUCCAGUCUCUUCUUCCUUUUCCAGCUUCUUACUCUCUUCUCUUCCUCGGAUCCUGAGUUAAUAAAAAUUGAUUGUAUAUUUGA